CCUCCCGAGGCCUCGCGCGCGCACUGCCGCCCACCCCGCGGCUGCCAUCGCCCCCUCAGAAAACCAGCGGCGCCAUGUCUUCGCCUCCAGAAGGAAAGCUGGAGACCAAAGCUGGACACCCGCCCGCCGUGAAAGCCGGCGGGAUGCGGAUUGUGCAGAAACACCCACAUACCGGAGAUGGGAAGGAAGAGAAGGACAAGGAUGACCAAGAAUGGGAAACCGUCAGCCCACCUAAGCCAACAGUGUUCAUCUCUGGUGUUAUUGCCCGGGGUGACAAAGACUUCCCCCCAGAAGCUGCACAGGUGGCCCACCAGAAGCCACAUGCCUCCAUAGACAAACAUGUUUCUCCAAGAACACAGCAUAUCCAACAACCUCGCAAGUGACCGGCGCCCAGACCUGGCCCCGCAGCAGCAGCAGCAGCAGCACCCACGCCACCUCCAAGAUGCUUCCCUGACAAAACCCACUCCCACACUUUCCACAGUUUACUAAAUUUAGAAAUCUAAGUCAAAGCAAUGUGGGCCUCAGCUGUCUCAGAUCCCCUUAUUUAAAACUAGAAGAGGCUCGAACCCCAAACUUUGUUUCUAAGAGCCCUAGUCGAGUGUCACUAAAGGGUCAUUGAACCCCCUAGAAGUGCCAUUAGCAGAACGUGACAAAUUCCGAGUGAAAGGAAGUCCUUCACACUGUAGUAGUCGCUUAAAGUCCUUACUCGUGGUCCUGAGAGGAAGAGGCCACUUUGGAGAGAUGUGACAAGGCUAGGAGAAGAAAAACCAAAACACUAUGGUGUGCUCCGUGACAGCUGUGCUGGCGUCUGCUCCCAGUCUGUGACUGAGAUCCCUGCUUUUCUGAAAAGUCCAAGAGCUCCUUUAGCCAGAUGUCGAGCCUUCUGGAGUGCUGCUCUUGGAGGGUACUCUUAGCCGUCCCCGUGGCCUCCAGUGGCUCCAGCCACAGUUCACGGUUGCUCUGUGAGCACCAUGUAUGCCUCCAGCCUUUCUGGGACUACUUACACAGACCAUGUCGCUAAAGGAGGGAUGGGCUCCUCGAAUUUUGUGAGCAAUUUGAUAUCCCAGCAGUGGACUUAACAGGGAGCAGAACACAGCCUCUGAGACUGUGUUGUCUCUUCCUUUGUAAUUACUGAAAUGGUGUGAACCAAGGGUCGCUUUAGAGACCCAGGCUUGGCUGCAGCCCACAACCAAAUCUAAGAAGGGACUUUAGAGCCAGCAACACCAAGUCCCCCUGUAAAAACCUUCCCGUGUUGUGCUGCAUACAUCCUGAAGCUUCCACUACCCCUUUUAGUUCAGCAUCCUGAGGGCCUACCCUGUGUCUGGACUCUGGGUCACUGAAGGUGACGUGUCUGCCUGAAUGAAUUUCUUAAUCUUUGAAGUUGAGAAUACGUUGAUUAUAAUAAAGCUCCUGCAUUUCUGCAUCA